AAUCAUCGACAAGGAUCCUGGUGAGCCCGUACACUGUGACAGGAUUUGAGUUGCAGCUGGUUUUCAACAGAGAAUAUACUGAGAUUUCGAUAUGGAGUGCCGCUGUACAUUUAAGAGGACAGGGAGCACAAGUCAGCUCAAGAGCAGCGGAGACGAGACCGAGCCAAAUGUAGGCUCGUUCAUUGACAAACGAAAUUUAGAACAUGCUCGUCGUGCUCCCCCUUUUCCUCCUGCUGGUGGGUUCAAGAUUGUGGAGUUCGUGGAAAGAAGUAUAUGGUACAAGGAUCUGGCUACCGGCGAGCUCCAUAGCUUGGACAGCGUCAUCGGGAUGGACUCUCAGAAGGAGAUCAAGGCUGCAGCUGCAGCUGAUCCAAAGCAGGAGGAGAUUAUGGCUUGCACCCUCUCGAAGCCGUCGGAGACGAACCCUUUGGAAUCCAGAAAGCUCAGGAAGUCCAAGAAGAAUCGGCAGUCUGAUCACGAUCUUUCGAUUCAGACUCCAGCAGCAGCAGGUGGCAGAAUUGCCAGCAAUGUCGACGACGCUCUUGUGGCUAAUCACUCGCGGAGUGGUGCCGAAUCAUCUGAGCCCAUGAAGAGCAAGAGAUCGAGAAAAAAGCACCACGAUUCUCCAGGUGGUGAUGGAGGAGGAGGAGGAGAGGACACUCGCACUCCGGCAGAUAAUGGGAGGCUCGGAGAUCCGGAAUCUCGAGACCUGACCUGUGCCAUGGAUACCAAACGGUGCAAGCAGCAGCAGUGUCGUGACGAUCGUGGAGCCAGUGCUCACGCGACGGAUGGAGUUGUGGGAGAGAUUGUCUCCCGAUUUGAAGCAAGAGUGUCAUCCUUCACCGAGGCCAAGAAAUCCAAGAAGAAUCACACUUCCGGCUAUGGUGAAAGGAGUGCUUUAGCUGACGCUCAGGUCACUGAGCUCAGCGACGAUCAGGAUGUCGAGGCUCGUUCAUGGCUGCCUUCUGAAAAGCCACUUGACUCAUUGAAAGCUAAGAUGCCCAAGAAGAGUGGCUCAUCUAGUUGCAAACGAGAGCAAGCCCAUGAUCGAAACACAGACUGUCAAUCAUCUGCUGCUGCUGCUGCUGCAUCGGCUGACGAUAAUGAUGAUGAUGAUGAUGAUGAGAUCAUGCAGGAUGUGAUCGAUACUUCAAGCCUCGUGAAGGUCAAAAAGCUCAAGAAGCUCAAGAAGAAACCCUCGCCCCUCAGUCCUCAUCAGGCUGAUGGAAUUAAGGACUUCAAUGCAGCUGCUGCUGCUGCUCCUGAUCUCGGUGUACUUUCAAGGACCCUUGAUUAUGCACCGUCUGCAGUGGAGUCUUCGAAAACUCCCAAGAGGAAGCAAUCGAAGAGCUCCAUUGCUGCUGGCCUCGUCCAAUUUGGAGAAGAUGCUCGGCGAUGCAUCUCUUCUGAAGCUGCUGAUGGGACUCUCGUUCCUCGUUCUCAGACAUGCAGCCCUGCGAAGCCCAAGAAGCCCAAGAAGCAUCGCCCUGCCACGGGUGUCGAGGCGUCCAUCAUCGACCUGGACGACGAGGUCCAGGUCUUGGAAUCGCCUGUCCCAUUGAGCUCGAGGACGCCUGAGAAGGAGGCUUGUCGUUCGAGAAGUGCCAUGAAACACAGCAGCGUCCCAUCCGCAGCUGCAAUCGGCUGCAAUUUUGACGGUGGUGGAAUGUCCAAGGCGCCUCGAGACUCAUCUCGCGCAUCGCAAUCGAAGAAAUCCGAGAGGAAAUGCCGAGAUGAUGGUGGGCGAGGAUCGGAGAUCGUCGACGAGGGGAAGGUUCUCGCUGUGGCUGGUGGUGGCACUUUCAGUUCCAUGGCCACGAAGCCCAAGACGGCCGAGGCAAGUGACCAUCGAGCCAAGAACGAAAUCGUUGCAUCUGGUGGUAUAGAACUCAUAGAUCUAGACGACCAUGCAUUCGAUCAUUUCUCGAGUCCCUGCAAGAUGCCCAGAAAGCUGAGGAAACGGCGAAAGCACGAGUAUGAUGAGGAGGAUGAUGGUGGUGGUCAGGCCGACACCAUCUCCGCGGAGCUCGAGGCCGCUUCUCCUUCCAGAAGUCCUCCGCAUGCUGCUGCUGCGCGCUUGGACUCGUCGGGGUCCAGAACCCUCUCGAAGAAGGAGCGCAAGAAGCUCAAGAGAAUUGGAGGCCUGGAUGUCGAGCCUCAAGCUGGACAGAUCGUUCCACUCGGUCGCAGAGAUCUGAUCCACGUGAGGGAAGAUGCUGCGGAUGCUGACACCGAGUUGCUGCUGGAGGAGGCGGAGGAGAAUGGUGCCCGAGCUCAGGAGGUCCGAUUUCUCACGUCGAGGAAGAAGCUCAAGGGCAACAAGAGGAGACAGAGGAGCGGCGACGAGAGGGAGUGUGCCAGCGAAUUCCAUGGCGGCGAUUUGUCUCCGCUGCAGAUUUGCAAUCCCAGCGCACCGAAGAAGGUCAAGAAGAAGAAGCGGGUGAGAUUCCUGCUGCCGGAAGGAGAAAUUGUGGCUCCCGAGGACGAGGAAACGAGGAAACGGAGCUGGAGCUACGAUCACAACACGCCCGACUUGCAUUUCGGCAAAUUCACCGCACAGGAAGACGAGGCGAUCAAGACGGCCGUCGAUGGCUACAUCGAGGAGCGAGGCUGGGAUAAAGUCAAAGGCCUGGAGAUGCUUCUUAAUACCAGUUGCUACAAAGAGGCACGGGGCGCCUGGUUGAGCAUCGCAAAUUGUCUACCUCAUCGUCCGGUUAAACAAAUCAACUCAAGGGCUCGUCGUCUCUUGGAAGGUGGGAAACGGGGCAAAUGGCUCGAGGUGGAGUUACAGCAGUUAAGGACGCUGUUUCUGGAACACGGUCCGGACUGGAAGACGAUUGGAAGCAAGCUCGACCGACCUGCGCAAGUCUGCAAAGUCAAGUGGCGAAGCCUGAGGCAGGCUCCGGUGAAAACGGACUGUGAUCGUGGCCUCUGCAAACAUCCAGGACCGUGGACACAAGAGGAGAGAGACCAACUUCAAUCUUACGUUCUUCUGAAUCUGGAAUCCAGACGAGUGCUGCCCGAGCAUGAUGAAGUGGGUCGUAGUCGCUGGCGGCGGACUGAAAUAAACUGGGAGCAAGUUGCGGACCAGAUGAACCGCAGAGGCGGUGCUUGUGCUGAAGUGUGGUACAAGAAAAUUUACCCUUUCUUGUUCGAGGGAGGCUUCAUUUCAGAGCACGAGCCGGCUCGUCAUCUCAAAAGCGCGUUGAAGAGACCUUAACUCGAAUACCGGAUAAAUAGUAGCCAUGGACGGGGAGAAUCCGGAAGUAUGACAGACACGAGAUCAGACGGCAGCUUGGCGAUUCCAAAGGCAGAACCUAAGCAGUCCAAAGAGGAUAAGACGGGACUCCAGCGAUACAACCUCAUCGAUCUUCCCACUGAUGGCAAACAGAUGCUGCUCACAAACUCUCGCUUUUGAAGGCCACGGCAAAACGUAGCACGAGUUUCCAUCUCCGAAGGAAACAGAGUUUAGACAUCUCAUGCCAAACUUUCAGACAUUGAAUCUCAGACAGCAUGAACUAAUUCGUGAUGCACGUACAGGAAGGUUUCAUACGAACUGAGACGAAACAGUCUCAAAGAAAUCCUCAUAGAAGCAAUACUUGGAAGAAUAUUCUAUACGUCCUACUCUGCGUGGCGUUCUUGUUAGAAUGGUACGGGCAAAGGCCAGUAGAGGAAUAUCAGCGAGGCACUUACAGAUCAUUUCCAGCUUUUUGACAGUUUUGUACGAAACGACAUUCACAAAUGUGCUGUUCGGACAACUUUGUCCAUUUGAAUCAAAUGAUCGAUCGACGAGUUGUACCUUUCGUGCAUCGUGAGUUCACUUUCCAAGUACAAAGCUACACCACUGGCAUCGUAACUGUGAGAGGCUCGAGAGUAUUGAUUAAAAAAAACUCUCCAACCUCCUAUACAAGAUAUACUACAAGUGUGCACUCAAUCUACUUGAUUCAUUUAACUGCAUCUGCAGUAGAAACGGAAUGGUCCAUCGCUCAUAGAACGUUUUGGAUAUGCGUUGACAAUCUGAUUGGAACGCACAAUCCAUGCGUCUGGAAGGUCAUUUAUCAUGCUAGUCAGCAGAAUGACCGCCCGACUUCACUAUUUUCUUCCAGUUCGAGCCACUGGGACGGCUCAAUGAUGAUGGCUAAUAUUCUACAACUUGUACAAGGUUUCGUCUGAUAAGUUGACUGGUCAGUUAACGAUCUAAUCCAAUCGCGACAGGCUCAACAAACUACUGCAACCUGGGGUCGAUGUUGCACUUCCCGCAGAAAUUGCGUCAAAUUCGGACGGCCAACUGACCCAGGGAGCAACGCUUUGGGUUUCGAGGACUCUCGCUUCUUUAUGUGUAUAACUAUCGGGUCUGAACAUGCCUCGACACCAGCGACCUUCUUCGCCUCUGAUACCGUCACGGUUCGGGAUGUCAAUCCAUAAU